AUGGAACUGCAUUAUCCAUCAGCAUAUUCAACGCCCACUACACUGAACAAUUCCCAGGAGAAUAACAAUAGUGCUAUUACUACAACCACAAUUACUAACAGUAGUACUACUAUUACUUUAGAUAAUAGUAGUAUUGAGAAAACUAAUCAAGAUCCAAAUCUCUUCGACUAUAAAUUGAAAAUAACCCAUCCAGUAGGAUAUUCAAAACUUCCAUCUAGUCAGAAUAUUCAUUUAAAAUAUGAAAAUGGUAUCAAUUCACUUGAAAAAGGUUUAAAUUUUCUAUAUGCUCAUGAAACUGAAGACUUGAAACCAGUUGAUAUCUUGGAAAUUAGUCCACAAUUUUGUUUCAGUGAAUCAUCAUCAAGUAUUGAACCAAAUAGCAAUACAACAGGUUGUAAUAUAUCUAAUGAAUCCACUUCAUCUUAUCUUGAACAAAACACAAACACAGAUUGGUUUUCACAACUUUUUUAUACACCAUCAGAGACAACAAGUUAUGAGACCACUUUAUCAAAGACAUGUAUUAGUCCAUCAUGGAAGAGUCAUGAAUACAUCCAUUAUUCAUACAUGAAUUGUUCACCUGAUGUUGAUAUUCAACCUGAAAAACAAUCACAACAGCAACAACACCAUCAACAAACAAAUAAACAAUCAACGAUUGAGUUGCUUCAAGGUGUUCAAUUCGGCGGUGAUUAUGAAGCACCAGAUAAACCAUCUAUCAAUCUGUUUGAAAAUGUUACUCAAAAUUCUCAGUACUAUAAUACAAUUAAAACAAUAGAAAACAUUGAUCCUAUGUCAGUGAUGAAUUCAGAUAUUGAUAGUAAUCAAUCAGCAUUGAAUCUUGAACAUUAUAAAGAGUCAACCCAUAAUUCUACUUUACCUGGGUGUAAUAUUACUGAUGGAAUUGAACUAAGUAAUCAUUUUCAAAGUAAACUGGAGCACAAUACUGAUUUCAUAAAGUUACAUCAAUAUUAUCCUGUAAAUUACAAUGAACAAAUAUUUCCCUUUACACCAAAAACUAACAGUCAAUCGAAUAUCAUUCAAACAAAUGUGUAUCCAAAUUUAAAUUCAUGUCAUACAACAACAGGAGAACAUUUUCAAUGUCAAUUAUGCUCCCUACAGAACAACUCUCCAAGUGUUAUCUCGAAUUCAGUAUUUGAUCCGGUCGGUAUGAAGUCAUAUUGGGCUAAUUAUUGUCAAACAGUACAUGAUAAUGCAGACUUUAUGCGGGGAAAUCAUCGUCAUAACAAUAAUUUUCAACAAAAUUCAUCUCCACAACUGAGUUUAUCGUUUUCUCAAGUUCAUCAUCAAGGUAUCAAUGAUAAAGGAGAUAUUUAA